GGAAGCUGAAAAUAUACUAGUACCUCGUUAGUAUCUCACUCAUAACCACACACGCUCAUGUUAAACACUCGUAAUUUCAUUGGGCUCUUCCGAGGCAUUCUAUUCUGCCAGAUCAACAAACUGUGUUUGAGAACUGGUGCAAUGUCAGAGGGAAACCAUCUCCACUCGGUGGCUUCUACCGAGAAAAGCAGUAUCCAAGCUGGUCACAUUACAGAAGUCCACAAUGUUCCGAUAAAUGUACUUAUACGACCCAUACCAUCGGUUUUGGAGGAAGAAAAAGUUUUGAGCCUAAUGAAUACGAUAGAGAAUGAGGAGUCCAGUGUUCCUCCUGUUGAUGUGUUGUGGAUUCAAGGUCGACAAGGAGGAAAUUACUUUUAUUCGUUUGGCGGUUGUCAUCGUUAUGAAGCAUAUAAGAGACUAAAAUUGGAGUUCAUUCCGUGCAAGUUGUUUAAAUCAACGGUAAAUGACUUGAGAAACUACCUCGGUUGCUCAACCCCAGAUUUACUAUAGUGGCUUCUUGACACUAGAGGGCGAUGUUCAUUUCACAUUGCACAGAAAUAGAUUAUACAACCCAAGGCAUGGAUAUUACCUUUAAAACUCACUUGUCCGAAAUGUAUGUUGCAUAUAUAUUUAGUACAGUAUGUUAAAGCAAGUGAGUUACGAUUCAGUUGUUUGAAUGGCAACUAUAUGUAUCUUGAGCUAUAUGACUACACUUACUUAGUGUCUUGCUCUGCAUCCUAUGUAUGUAUUAAACAUCUUAAUAUUAAUAUACCAUAGUUGGUACAUGAGGAUUUAUUUGUACAGUUUGAACGGGAACUGUGUCAUUUUCAAUGACUUGUUUAUUAAAAAAUUAUUAU